CUAAAGCAGACUCAGAUCAAUCCGGGGACACACACUCCACUCCUCACUUCUCCUCUUCCGCUCCACAUGGAUAUACAUUCGUCUGACCGUAGGCCGCCUCCAUCAUCAACUGAAAGCCAUCUCGUGUUUAUUUGCUUAUACACCUGUUACAAUAUAUGAUCAUUCGAGCAGCGUCACGCGCACCUUUACAUUUUGGGCUAAAAAAGGAUUCACGAGACAUUUAGAACCGUCAUUCGUUGCUCGCAUUGGCAUUCUAUUUAUUUUUAUGUCUCUCUCAUAAAAAGCUGUUAUAUUAUUUAGAGACAGUUGCUGAUCUGAAUGCGGAUUAGCUCGGUCACAACUCAUCGGAGCACCAGACCUGGGAAUUGUUUUUUUCUUCUUCUACAAGGCUUAAUGAUGGAGAGGAGAAGAAAAGAGAUGGUUCUGAUGGAGAGAGGUCUGCACGGUCCCGUGUCUGGCAAAAGGCUCUCAAACCUGUCAGACUCCGCCGGAAAUUCAGUGUUGGAGGCCCUCGAAAAUUCUCAGCACAGUGGUCGAGUAAGCCCGCGAAUAACUUCCGCCUCGCUUCAUGGAAGUCUCGGGGAUAUUCCAACCAAAGGAAAGUUCGAAAUGGACAGUCUUUUCGGUACCCACCACAGCAGCGAGAACACCUCGUCAGCGGAGAUUUCAUCAUCAGAAAGCAGAAAGACAAUCCACUUAUACUCUGAAGUUUCUCAAGACUCAGACAUGAACAGUGACGUGGAGGUGGGAUGCCCAUCGCAUCGCUCCCCGAGCCAACACAAGGAAAACAACAACAACAACAAAGGUUUUUCUGACAAUAAUUCUGGAGGCUCCAACACAAAUUCAUCCUCCCUUUCCAAUUUUAACGGCAAUGGAAUGUGUUCAAACAUGUCAAAUGCGGAUCAGGUGAGAAGGUACCGGACUGCAUUCACCAGAGAACAAAUAGGAAGAUUGGAGAAAGAGUUUUACAGGGAAAAUUAUGUCUCAAGACCAAGAAGAUGUGAACUGGCUGCAUCCCUGAAUCUACCUGAAACUACAAUAAAGGUAUGGUUCCAGAACAGGCGGAUGAAGGACAAGAGGCAACGUUUGGCGAUGUCUUGGCCCCAUCCAGUAGAUCCAAACUUUUACACCUACAUGAUGACGCACGCGGCAGCCACCGGAAGUCUACCAUACCCUUUCCAUUCCCACAUGCCUCUGCACUAUUACCCGCAUGUUGGUGUCACAGCAGCUGCCGCGGCCGCAGCCGCGUCUGGUGCUGCAUCGUCACCUUUCGCUACCUCCAUUCGCCCUCUCGAUACUUUCCGUGCACUCUCCCAUCCUUACUCACGACCAGAGCUUCUCUGUGGCUUCAGGCACCCAGGACUUUAUCAGUCACCCGCAGGCCUCAAUAGCUCUGCGGCAGCAUCAGCAGCAGCGGCAGCAGCAGCAUGUGCAGCUGCUGUCGGCGCGCCAUCCGCCACUGGGCCAUGCUCGUGCCUCAGUUGUCACAGCAGCCAGGCGGCCAGCGCGCUAGGCUCCAGAAGUAGCAACACUGACUUCACCUGCACCGCAUCCGGGCAGAGAUCCGAAAGUGGAUUUUUGCCGUAUUCUGCCGCUGUCCUGAGCAAAACCUCGGUUCCAUCACCAGAUGAAAGAGAGGAAUCUUCACUAAACAGAUAACUUCAUCACCGGAACUUCUAAAUCAAGUGCAGUUCCUCCUGUUUUCUGCUUUGCUAUUAGUUUAUACAUAGGCCUACAUCUACGACUCCAAUAUUUGGGGGACAAAUAAAUGUAAUUUCAAAACAAUUAGCAUAAUUAGCAUUUAAAACAAAGAAGCCAAAAGUGUUAACAUUGGUAAGUGCUAAAUUUAAAGGACUAUUUUGUUAGUGCGGUGGUGAUGAUGCUUUAUUUUUCUUCAUUCACAACUGGAUUCAUGUGCCUUAAAACCUAGAAAUGACUAUCUAAUUCCGUGAUAGGCCCACGGUACUUGGUUAUUAAUUAGUCCUAAUGGUCGUUAGUGCAUCGACUGAAUGACUAACUAAAUGUUUAUUGAUCGUCAUUAAUUAAAACAAUUGUUAUUUUCAUUUUCUAUUCUUGAUUCUUAAUUUCAAAUCAAUGUCAAUGAACACAAAAAUAUCUAAAUCAAGCCACAUCCUAAAUUCGUGAUUUAUCCAUUUAUAUCAAUAUAUUUUCAUCAAUUAUCUUCAUUAAUUCUACGAUACAUUUUUCAAAAUUCCCAGUUAUAUUUUGGUAUUAACUUAAGGCACUGUAAAAGUAAGCAAUUUGGUCUUGUUAUCUGCAUUUAUCAAAUCAAUGUCGGGCAAUACUUUUCUCUUUGAAAUAUUUUUACGUGUGGUUUCGUUAUUAAUGUAGGUUAUGGUGAGAAUCAUAUUUACAAUAUGUGCCACAACAACUACUACUGUAUAAGAACCUUCUUGUAAAAUCGGUACAGCUCAAGGGAUAUUCCUUAUCUUCAAGCAAGGUGCAUAGAAUUUUGCACCGCUUCUAACUUGUCAAUUAUGCUGUUAGGAAUAGAGGGAUUAUGACGAAAAUUGCCAAUCGUGUACCUUCAUGGACCUCCUUUGAAUGCAGAAAACUAAGAAAGUUCCUCGUUCUGAGAACCGCUGUCAAGUGCUAAUUAUCCCCCUAAGGGAAGUCAUUAAGCAUGACAGAUAAAAGACUUGGAACAUACAACAUUGUUCUUGGUGCAUAGAUUGUACAGUUUAAAAUGUGAUGUUCCUUACCUGUGAAGGUUUAAAAAAUAUAUAAUACUCCUUAGAGCCAAUGUUCGUUUCAGUUAAAAGUUGGACGAUCGCCCUUACACCUUUCCUGUUAUAUUUCCGUUCUUACAUUGCUGAUGUUAUAUGUGGUCCUCUGUAGCUCAGCUGGUAGAGCACGGCGCUUGUAACG